UCAAGUACGCACGGCCAUUGAUAUGCAUGAGCGACCAGCCGCUGGCGUCGGGACCGAGCCCGGUCUCGCCUCCGGCAUCGCCGCCUCCGCCGUCCUGUCGCGAGGGAUCCGCCCGCCGCUGUCACCUUCCUCUUCCUCGGCAGCGCAGACCGCUCCAACAUCCAGAGGCCAGGAGACAGGACACUCUCCCCCGGGGCGGGAAGCAGCCUGUUCGGCCCCGGGAAGAGCCGGGGAGCACCAGGGAGCCCGCACUCCUCUUCGGGCAGCCCCCGCCGGUGCGCAGCGAUGCCGCGGCGGGAGCAGGGCCUGGUACUCGGAGGCCGGGAGCAGGGCUGUGCUACGCAAGUGAGGAAAUGCAUGCUGGUGUUACUCGUGGAACCAAUGAAGGCAAGUCUAAACUGUAAGAAUGUGUUAUGUGCAGUUUUAGGAUUUAAGUCUCUCAGUUCCCCCUCACCCUCUCUCCAAAAAGAACAGUACACUUUGAAUUAUUUAACAAUAUAAUUUGCAUAGAACAUUAAAGGCCUCCCGAGUAUAUAUGAGUAAUGAACAUUCUAACUGAGAUCUACCAUAUUUUCUGUAGAAAUUAAAAGAUGCACUUCAACAGCUCCAGUGUGCUGUGGUCAGUAUAAGACACACAUCGAAAAAUUCAGUACACACACACUAUGAAUUGCUCAGAACUCCUAAAGGAAAACAAGUUAAAAAUCAUGCUGCUGCUCCUCUUCUAAGGUGCAAAAUAAAACACAGCAUAUUAUGCACUAUGUUCCCUCACAAUCACAGUCAAUAUGCUAUACUGCAUUUAAAUGCAUUUUUUUUUGUAAAUUAACCUGUGUUUGCCUAGGUUGCUAUUUUUUAGGAGGAAUUUUUUAAAUGCAUGGAGUCAAACUAAAGUUGUUGUUGCUCUGUGUUGGCUGCAGAGCUUGCUUGUAUGAUAAAGGAAAUGUGUGCUUGUGUGUGUGCAGGGGAACCAUAUGUACAUAUGUCAGUCUAGGAACAUGUGUGUGUAUGUGUUUGAGAUAAAAUA